AUUUCAUAUCAUAACAAAUCUACCCGGCUUUGUCUUCUCAACGUCUUCCAUCCAGUAACAAUGAGGACCCAGGUUACGCUGCUGCUCAUCUGCAUGAUUUCUUCAGGAGCACUGUCACUGCAAUGUUAUCCACCUAUAUACAAUUACACGGCGUCUCGCUAUGAAGCCACGGAGUGUACCAAUACGUGUGCGAGAACAACAACUUCUGUGGACAUCUAUAUCAUUGGUGGUGCAGCUGGUCUAGCGCUCAUAUCUGAGGAUGAUAUUUUGUUUUGCGGAUCGCCAGAGCAGUGUGUAAACUCGAGUAUGAACAUCGGUAUGGUGAAAAUCGCCAACAAUACCCAAUGUUGCCGUACUCCUUUAUGCAACAACAAAGCCCUGCCAGCUAUGCCGCAGCAGCCUACCAACGGGAAACGUUGUUACACCUGUAGUGACAAUGACUGCUCUCGACAACUGCGGUGUGAGGGAGCUGAAGAUCGCUGUAUCACUGCAACAGUUACUCAAGGAGUUAAUGUAAUGACCUUGAAAGGGUGCACAACCAAGAACAACUGCAAUAUUACUCUACUAAACUCACAUGGGCUCAUCAUAACAGAUGCGGAGUGUUGUGAGGGGAACCUGUGUAACGAUGCUGAGAACUUCAUGCUGAGUUUCCUCCUCAUGUUCGUCCCUCUGCUCUCCACCGUCCUCUUCUACUGAAAUGUCAGCCUGGGAAAACCCUUCAUGUGGUCAUAUGACAUUUUCUACUAUAUAGAUAUCUGUAAACUGCAGGAUUAUCUUUCACUUUUGCAUGUUUCUCGGCCAGACGUACGUGUGAGUAGAAUUUAAAAGUAGUAAGUAGAAAGAAAACAGAGAAUAUUUCAUUUAAAAUUUUCUUCCCAAGUGCUACUACUUAAGUACCUCUAUCAACUGAUUAACAAAAAAAAACAAAAACAAAAAAAAUGAUUGGCAAAUUGUAUAGAAUUAUAAGUCCGAAGCUGGAAAUGAAUUCUCACUUCGACUUUCAGAAUCAUCCACACCAGUCUCUGUCUCAUCACCUGAGGUAAAAGUCACACAUGAUCUCAUUAUUAUCUCUAAACUCCAUUAUCAUCUUUAUGAAUGUUAUGCUAACAUCUGUAUGGAAAUUCAUUUCUCAUC